AUGGAGUACCUAAACAGAAUCCUCCAGCAGCUUGAUUAUAAUAAGAAGUUUAAGUAUCAUUCAAAAUGUAAAAAACUUAAGAUUGUGAACCUCAGUUUUGCAGAUGAUUUGUUAUUGUUCUCUAGAGGUGAUGUGGACUCAGUGCAGCAGGUUAUGAGAGCUUUCCAUACUUUCUCUCAAUCAACUAAGUGUAAAACUUAUUUUGGUAAUGUAGAGGAUCAUGUCAAAAGGGAUAUCUUGAAAGCCACAUCCUUUGUAGAGGGUCCUCUCCCCUUUACAUGUUUGGGUAUUCCGCUAUCUAGUAAAAAGUUGUCUGUGCAGAAUUGUAUCACUCUAGUUGACAAAGUCGUUUGCAGGAUCCGACAUUGGAGUUCCAGGCUUUUGAGCUUUGCUAGGCGGAUUCAGUUGAUAAAGAGUGUUCUUUUUUCCAUUAGCAAUUUUUGGCUUCAAUGUCUCCCCAUUCCUAAAGCUGUCAUUGGGAGGGUGGAGGCUAUUUGCAGGUCCUUUCUAUGGUCGGGGACUGAUACUAUUACCAGGAAAUCUCCUGUAUCGUGGCAAAAGGUGUGUACUCCAAAGAACAGGGGUGGCUUAAAUAUCAUUGCUUUGUAUAACUGGAACAGGGCCUGCCUGACUAGGCACAUUUGGAAUCUUUCGGGGAAAGAUGAUAGUCUGUGGAUUCAUAGCUACUACAUUAAAGGGCGAGAUAUUAUGCAUGUCCAAAUGAAGAAAACUAGCUCGUGGAUCAUGAAGAGCCUUCUCAAAGCUAGAGAUGCUGUUAGGGAUAUGCAGGAAUGGCAAAGGAUGAUGCAACAUGGUAAGUACACUGCUCGGAGAAUGUAUUUUGCUUUGUGUGAGGCUGUGCAAGAUGUAAUGUGGAAGAGAAUCAUGUUCAACAACUAUGCCAGACCUUAUGUGAUUAAUAUGCUGAAUCAUAAUACUUGCCAUUUCUGUCAGGAAGUUGAAACUCAAAGCCACCUAUUGUUUGAGUGUCAAGCGAUGAGAAUUAUUUGGUACAAAGUCCUCACCUGGAUGGGCAUUAAUCGGAGUCCGGGAAAUUGGGAGAAUGAAUUUAAUGGGAUGUUAGGAGAGUGUGGUAAGAAAGGAGUUAAGUCUAAAAUUCUGGUGUGUGCUUUUACAAAAUCUGUGCAUGAAGGUUGGAAGUACUGCAAUCAAAUGGUCUUUGGAGAAGCUGUGGAGGUCCAAAAAGUGGUUUCCAAAAUCAUUGACACUGUGGUUUAUCGCUGCUGGCCUAAGGUCAAACUUAGGCCUCAUAUUAGUAAUCUGCUGAUGGUUUAA